AUGAAGCUGCUGUGCUGGAACAUCAAUGGCCUCCGCGCCAACCUCGGCAAGACGCCGGGGCAGUCGUUCGCCGGGUUCCUCGACGCCUGCGACGCCGAUGUCCUCUGCUUCCAAGAGACCAAGCUCACGCGCGCCGAGAUGACGUCCGAGCUGGCGUGCCCGCCCGGCUACGACGCCUUCUACAGCUUUGCCAAGCACAAGAAGGGCUACUCGGGCGUCGCGACGCUCGUCCGGCACGGGCGCCUCGCCACAGUAGGCGCCGAGACCAGCGCCUGCCCGUUCCACGAAGGGCGCAUCGUGUUGACCGAGCACACAACGUUUGUGCUCAUCAACGUGUACUGUCCGGCGCACGGCGGGCAUCUCGAGCGCAAGCUCGCCUUCCACGAGUUCCUUCUCGGCUACGUUGCGGCCACCAAAGCAGCGCACGUGGGCAAGCCGCUGAUCCUUGUCGGCGACCUCAAUGUCAUUCACAAACCCCUGGAUGACUGUGACGCGUACGAGCCAAGCGACGUGACGGCGUGGCUCGACACGCUCUUAGCGACGCAGGACCUCACGGACGCCUUUCGGCAAUUGCACCCGACGCGAGAGAAGGCGUAUACGUGCUGGCGUGCGCUCACGGGGGCGCGCGAGACCAACUACGGCGUGCGUCUCGACUACAUUCUAUGCGAUAGCCGGCUCGUGAGUACAAAUAAGCUCACGAGCUGCGACGUAUGGCAAGGCUGCCCCGAGGGUGCCCCGGGGGACAUCAAAGGCCGUUGCAACUUCUUCCAGUGGCACGGCGACGCCAAGAAGCCCUCUCCAGUUGCCAGUAGCAGUCACGCCAAACGCUUCAAGGCCACGCCGCCCGACGCUACAUAG